UUGUAUGAUUCUUGGUUGAGCUCACCGAUUCCAGGAGGUUUUGAGGAAUUUACGAGAAAUUCGGAUGCUAUUCAAAUGGUUAGUUGAUAUUUUUUAAAGUUCAAAAAUAACUUAUUUUUAUUUGUUUUUGAUGACGUGGCAUAUUCCAUUUAAUUAUUAUCUUUAAUAAUCCUCAAUUUUUUCAGUCAACUCAUUGGGCUCAACCAAAACAACAACAAAUGAUAAAACUCAACGACAUUUGCCCCGAAAAUCAAAAAUCUGAAGAAGCUUCACAAAAAUGGAACGAUGGAAGAAGAUAUCAAUCAGAAACUGCAUCGAAAUUCAGAAAUUAUCAACUUUAG